AUGCUUAGGUCGACUAUAUCUCAUCGCAACGGCUCUUUUGGAGUGCGUUUGCGUUUGCUUCAUUCAUCUCGCACCGUUUUCAAUGAAAGGCCAACUUCGCCCAUGAAGGUGUUUUUCGAUACUUUUAGACAAGAAGUGAAGAAAUCGGCAGAAUUGAAGGAAAACAUCAAGGCCUUGCAAGAUGAAUCCGGGAGAAUGGCCGAAUCGGAGGCGUUCAAGAGGGCAAAGGAGGCGUAUGCGAGAGCUCAAAAGGGAAGCAGCGCUGCAGGAGUCGUUGUUAAAAAGACUGCUGGGGCCGUGGGCGAUGUGGCGCAAAAGGCGUGGGAGUCGCCUGUGGGGAAAGGCGUCAGGACCUCGGUUAGGGUCAGUGCAGAAGCCGCCGAUAAGGCGUUUGAGCCCGUUAGACAAACCCAGAUCUACAAGGAUGUCUCGGAGGUGAUAGAUGACGGCUCGUCCAAUGCCUACGGAGGAUUCUUGACCAAAGAACAGCGACAAGCUUUGAGAAAGAAGGAGUUGGAAAAGAGACUAAAAGCAGGCUACAAGGGCCCAGUUAAGGAGAAUGACGAGGCAGGCGGCGCCUUGAUUGCCACCGAGACCAAGGCAUCUGGCCCAUCCGUGGGCGAGAAAUGGGAGACAUUCAAGCAAAAGACACCAGUGGGAAGAGGAAUCGCGGUGAUGAGGGAGAAAUGGGAUGAAUCGGAGAACGGAUUGAUUAGUCUUGUUCGCACGGUUAUCGAGAAAGUGACGGGCUUUUUUGCAGAGACAGAGCAGGCCAAGACAGUUAAACAGUUGAAGUACAUGGAUCCAUCGUUCCGUUUAACGGAUUUCCAAAGGACAUUGACCAACUACAUUGUGCCAGAAGUCGUGGACGCAUACAUCAAGAAUGACAGCAGCAUCUUGAAAGAAUGGUUCAGCGAAGCGCCAUACAAUGUGUGGGAAGCUCACAAUAAACAAUUUACACAGCAGGGGCUUUUUUCAGACAGCAGGAUCUUGGAUAUCAGAGGCGUGGAUAUUGUCACUUGCAAAAUGCUACAACCCAACGACAUCCCCGUGAUUGUCGUUAGCUGCCGUGCUCAAGAAAUCCACCUUUAUAGAAAGGCCAAGACGGGUGAAGUUGCUGCUGGUACCGAAGACACCAUUCAGUUGAGCACAUACGCCAUGGUCCUCACCAGAAUACCGGAAGAAUUCGACAACAAGACCACCGAAGGUUGGAAGAUUGUUGAAUUUGCUCGCGGUGGCUCAAGACCAUUCCACUAG